CUGAAGUCUCAUCACCGCAACCACCCGAAACGCAACCCCUCUCUGGAGAUCACCAGAUCUACUCGUCCCCAAUGGCGGCCGCCGCCGCCACCUCCCCGGCGCGGGCGGCGGCCUGGACCUUCGCCGCCGCCACAUGCGUCAAGCUCCUGCUCGUCCCCACCUACCGCUCCACCGACUUCGACGUGCACCGCUACUGGCUCGCCCUCACCCACGCCCUCCCCGCGCGGCGGUGGUACACCGACGCCUCGUCGCAGUGGACGCUCGACUACCCGCCCUUCUUCGCCUACUUCUCCCGCCUCCUCGCCCUCCCGGCGCCCCUCGUCGACGCCUCCCUCGUCUCCCUCCCCGUCCCCGACGCGCCGCCCUCCUUCGCCUACCUCCUCUACCUCCGCCUCACCGUCGCCUUCUCCGACCUCCUCCUCCUCCUCUCCUCCGUCCUCCUGCUGGCCACGGACGCGCUCACGCGGCGGCGGCGGCGGCCGUUCCUCUCCCUCGCGCUCGUCCUCUGGUCGCCGGCGCUGCUCGCCGUGGACCACGUACACUUCCAGUACAACGGGUUCCUGAUGGGGCUGCUGCUGCUGUCGCUGCACUUCCUUGAGCAGGGGAGGGAUCUCGCCGGCGGAGUCGUUUUUGCUGCUCUGCUGUGCUCGAAGCACCUGUUCCUAGUGGCGGCGCCGGUCUACUUCGUGUAUCUUUUCCGGCAUUAUUGCUGUGGCCGGGGUGUGGUGAGGGGAUUGGGAAGGUUGGUGCUGAUGGGGGCUGGUGUGGCUGCUGUGUUUGCUGCUGCAUUUGUGCCCUUCCUGUACUAUGGGCAGAUGCAACAGCUCUUUAACCGGUUGUUUCCCUUUGGUCGAGGCCUGUGCCAUGCUUAUUGGGCGCCAAAUUUUUGGGUAUUCUACAUUUUACUUGACAAGAUCUUCGCGUUUCUUCUUAGAAGACUAGGCUUCAACAUCCAGAUACCUGAAGCUUCAUUUACCGGGGGGCUUGUUGGUAAUUCGUCUCCUUUUGCUGUUCUUCCCAAGGUCACUCCAAUAACUACAUUUUUAUUGGUCAUACUUGCUAUGUCUCCUUGCCUCAUGAAAGCAUUCUCUAAACCCCAGCCAAGGCACAUUAUUAGAUGGGUGUCAUAUGCAACUACAUGUGGGUUUAUGUUUGGAUGGCAUGUACAUGAGAAGGCAUCACUCCAUUUCACUAUUCCGCUUGCCCUAAUUGCCAUGGAUAGCUUGGAGGACGCGAAGCAUUAUUUUGUGUUGUCAAUAGUUUCAUGUUAUUCAUUGUUCCCAUUGUUGUUUGAGAACCAAGAAUAUCCUAUAAAGGUUAUGCUUCUGUUGACCUAUGCUACCCUCAUGUGGGUAGGAUUUUCUUCCCAUUUUGCUGCAAAAUCUCCUCAAGAAGGGAAGAAAGUAAAUGAAUCAGGCAGCGUGGUCAGGAAAAAUAGCUUCAUUGGGUGGAUCAGUUUUAGCUAUCUUUUAGGAAUUGUUGCUAUAGAAUUAUGGUCUCAAGUAUUCCACCACUAUGUAUUUGGCAGCAGAUUUCCUUUCCUACCUCUCAUAAUGGUGUCACUCUACUGUGGUGUCGGAAUGAUGUACUCAUGGAUGUGGCAACUCGCAUGGAUUGUCAGGCACUAAUAUGGUCUCUGGUUAGCAACACGAGCAUGCUGCUUUGCCUUGCUGGGAACCCAGCCUCGCACUAAUUUGUGAUAACUCACCCCUCUUGACCAUUGCAUUAGGCCAUCUUUCCCACCCCAAGUUGCUACUGGGGUGGGAACAUGUUGACACAUUCAGUUGUACAGCGUGAUGGCAAUUUUCGGAGAUGUAAACCUCUUGUGAUAACUCACCCCUCUUGACCAUUGCAUUAUGCCAUCGUUCUCUCCCCAAAUUACUACUGGGAACAUCAUUCAUAUGUUGACACAUUCAGUUCUACAGUGUGUUGGCAAUUUUUGGAGUAACCUUUUCGUGAUGUAAUGUAUUCUUUUGUAUGGAGCUGCUUGUACCAAUCCAUUCUUCAUGGGUUGGUCUUUUUCUUCUUCUGAUAAUUCUGGAACGUGCUCUGCUGAUUGUACGAUGACCAUGGAGAUGCUUACUGUCUUUCUUUUCCAUUUUUCUGGAAUGCAAUAAGGUAUCCAUUGGCCUCCCUGAUUUUA